AUGUUCUUCUCAAAAGCUGGCAAAGCAGCGGCUGAAUGGGCUAAAGGAACAAGGUAUUUAUUGAAUUAAAGUAGAUUUCGUAAUUAUUUGUAUUUCCAGAGUUCCAUAUAAGGAGUUUGCACAAACUUUGGAAAAGAUUGAAGAAUUGUCAGGAAAAAGAAGAUUGAUGAAUUGGCCAAGUUUUUCACAAAAGUUUUGGAUUAUUCACCAGAAGAUUUGCCGGCAUGUGUGUAUUUAUCUGUAAAUCAAUUGGGACCAACUUAUGAAGGACUUGAAUUAGGAAUCGCUGAAAAUUCAUUGAUUAAAGCAGUAGCUGUAGCGACUGGAAGAAAAGAGAAUAAAAUCAAGGAAGAUUUGAAGAUCAAGGUAUCAAACACACUUUAGAAAUAAAAAUCAAAACUUGAUCAAUUUUCAGGGUGAUCUUGGAACUGUUGCCCAACAAUCUCGAAACAAUCAGACAAUGCUCAGUGUUCCAAAAGCAUUGACUGUUCUAAACGUAUUUGGAAAACUCACAGAAAUCGCAAAAAUGAGUGGAAGUUCUUCGAUGAACAAAAAAGUUGACGCAAUUCGCGGACUUUUAAUCGCUUGCCAAGGAAUCGAGGCUCGUUUUCUUGUUCGAACUCUUGCCGGGAAAAUGAGAAUUGGUUUGGGUGAGCAAAGUGUGCUAUCUGCUUUGGGACAUGCUUUCACUUUGAUGGAUAUUGGAGAGAAAACAAUGAAAAGUGAGAAACUUGACGCUAUGAAGGAUACAAAUGUAAAACGUGUCAAAACUGCUUAUUGGUAAGUGAAGACUUCAAAUUUUGAUAAAAACCAUAAUUAUCUUAAAAAUUUAGUGAAUGUCCAAAUUAUAAUAGAUUGAUUGAAGUUGCACUAAAAGAAGGAAUUGAAAUGCUUGAAGAAAAAUGCAAACUAACCCCAGGAAUCCCAUUAAAACCAAUGUUAGCUCAUCCAACAAAAGGAAUUGAUGAAAUUAUGCGAAGAUUUCGAGAUAAUGCAAUGACUUGUGAAUGGAAAUAUGAUGGUGAAAGAGGACAAAUUCAUAAAAGAGAAGAUGGCAAAAUUUUCAUAUACAGUAGAAAUCAAGAGAACAACACUACAAAAUAUCCAGAUAUUAUUGAGAAAAUUGGCGAAUGUAUUGGUGAAGAUGUCACUUCAUUUAUUGUUGAUGCAGAAGUUGUUGCAAUUGAUGAAAGUGGUUCAAUUUUACCGUUUCAAGUUUUAUCGACAAGAAAAAGAAAGAAUGCAACAGAUGAUAAUGGUGUCAAAGUUGGCGUAUUCUUUUUUGAUCUUCUAUUCUACAAUAACAAACCGUUGGUUCGAAAAUCUCUUCGAAAACGCCGUGAAAUUCUUCGCCAGAAUUUUAAACAAAUCGAAGGAAGUUUUUAUUUCGCAACUUCAGUGGAUACAAAUGAUACAGAUGAAAUCAACACAUUUUUCGAUGAGGCGGUUCAGGUCAGUUUUUGGGGUUUUUUUUAA